AUGACUGCCCCGGAAUCUCUGCCCACCACCCACAAGGCACUCAAAGUGUCUGGGCCUGGACAUGUCUACGUGUCCGAAGAUGCCUCGGUACCCUCCCCAGACCGGUCCGAGCUGCUCGUCCGCGUGGCGUGCAUCUCGAUCAACCAGGUAGACUGCAAGUCUGCCGACCUAUCUCCCACGCCCGGCGCAACCAGCGGCACUGAUUUCUCUGGCGUCGUGGUAGCUCUAGGCAGCGACGUCGACGCAGAGGCUUGGCAUGUGGGCGACCGCAUCAUGGCCGGCAUCUUUGGCAACAACCCUCUCCGGCGGGAUAAUGGUGCGUUUGCCGAGUAUGCCGUCGUUCCCGCGCGCCUGGCCUGGAGAAUUCCAGCCAGCAUGGACCUUGCCACCGCCGCCUCUCUGCCUGCCGCCUUGGCAACCGUCGGAUUGUCUCUAUUCCAGUACAUGAAGAUGACGAUGCCGGACAAUACUGCAGGCGCUCUGCAGCUCAGCUCGAACACGGAUUCAGCGGGAGCAUCAAAUGUCGCAAACCCAGCAACCUAUCUCGGCGCCGCGGCGACCUUUGACUAUCGCUCGCCCAGCUGCGGCGCCGACAUCUUGAGCUACACCCAGGGCGCUCUCACGCUCGCUCUCGACUGCAUCUCGGACUCGGACUCCAUGACGACAUGCUACAAGGCUCUAGGUCCCGCUGGUGGUCGAUACGUGGCCCUUGACCCCUUUCCCCUGCGCGGCCACACGCGCCGCAGCGUCGAGCCGGAUUGGGUGUGCUGCUACACGCAGUUCGGCCACGAUGUGGCCUGGGCCCCGCCGUUCGAUCUGGACGCCCGUGUCGACGACCGGAACUGCGCUGAGGCAUGGUAUGUUCUUGCGCAGCGGCUGCUGGACGAGGGUCUGGUUGUGCCGCAGCCGUUGGAGGUACGUCGCGGGGGGUUGGCGGGCGUUGGCGAGGGUAUGCAGGAGGUGCGGAGGGGGUUGAUCAAGGGCAGAAAGCUUGUAUAUUCUGUUGCCGAGAUUGCGGUCUAA